UCGGCGUGGAUUCGAGGCGCCUACACAAGCCUACAUCGAGGCAUCAGCACCCCCCCCCCCCCCGGUGCUAGCAUAAUUAUAUACCCAUUAUAUACCCAUUGCAUUAUUAUGAUUAUGCUUUUCUUUUCUUUAGGUCAACCUGAUUCUGAAUCGAACUUUAGAACAUUUCACUUAUUUAUUCUCAUGUUGAUCUUUUGUGCGACGUACGUCAUGCUUGCUAAUUAAUGCUUGCUAAUUAUUAAUUAUAAGAGGUAUAGUUAAUUAAUUAACAAGGCAUUACCAAGUUUGUGAUAGUUUACAAGGGAUUAAAUUACCUUCUCUGGUAAAUAUUCCAUUGGCAUUACCAACUUUGUGAAUGUUGACUUGGCUAUUCCCUGGUACUUGUUAAUGCUAGUAAACAAGGGGAUUAACAAGCUGGAAACUGGCAAUUGUACAGCCAUUUUUACCACAAAUCGAAAACUAUGAAUAAUCAAAAUACUGUAUAAGUAACAUCAGGAGCCCAUAAAGAAAAGGAGCGGCUGACUACGUAAGUGGCUAUGACCGCAUUUCCAUAUACGGAUAGCGAAAAAUUGUGGUUGUGAAACCACACGCAAACGCAACGGUCACGUGCCAAUUACUUACGAACUCCGAAGAGAAAGAAAUUAUGCUUGUCAUCUGUACCGCUAAUGUUCCACAAGUGAUGGUUGCCCAGAUGACGACUUUCCGUUUGAUUGGGAGCCCAAAACGUAAAUGUUUCGAGCCAUGGCACCUAUAAAUGUCCCAAGUCUUGUUAUACCUGAGGUCAGAGGGACAGGUCCUGUCACUACUGAAAGUCCUCUUCUCACACCUGUUGCCAACCCAAGAGUUAUUGUUGAAUGCACAAAAGAUGGUCAUCUGGAAGUACAUUUCAAACGGGUGAAGAGUUUCAGCAUUGAGAGUAAUGAAGUUGAGUUUUUCACUCUGCUGUCUUCUCUUCAGAAAAACAUCGGAUAUGUUUUGUGUGGAGGCUUUCCAAGUGUGGAGGCUUUCCAAUCUCAACGUUUGCGAGUAAAAGUUUACGCAAUUGGACUCCAAUGUUUAAUCGUUGUGACCACAUCGAUUGCUUGAUGUGCUGGUGGUAAUGUUCAUCCUCUGAGGUGUCCGAAGUGUUCCCGCCUUAUGUAUCAUAUUCAAGACAUGGCAAAGAGAAAUAAUGCAGUAUCUCCUAAAACAAUAGAGAGUUGAUUGAAGGCUGGUAGUAAGUAUCCAAAGAAGUAUUUGACACCCAAAUCGCUGGGAAAACGACUUCGAAAUGAAAAACUUAGACACUAAGAAGAACAAGAAAAAGCUAAAGAAACUUGAGAAGUUAGAUGUAGAGGUAGAAGAAAUGUCUAGUGAUGAUAUCCUUGCUAUUGUCGCAGAAAUUGAAAAAACAUCAAAGGUUAAACUUGAGGAGUUACUGAAGGAAGCAGAUGUAACAGGCAAAGGGGACAUUUUGCGUGAAAAGUGGAAACAGGAUGUCACGGACAGACUUGAUUUCAUUAAAGAUCAGAAGAAAAACUAUACUGGAGCACGGGGGAAUAGAUGGAGCACUAUCACUAUUAGAAUGGGAUUGAAGUCUGAAUACUCAGAGAGACCAGGUGAAAUUGUAUCAAGGUUAAAAGAAGAAUAUGACAUGUAUCAAUUGAGAAAAAAGGAGGCCAAGGCACAGGGAAAGAAAGCACCACUUGGUGAAGGAGCUUUAAUAUUCGAUGAAGUGAAAGUCAGAGCGAAGCUCCAGUGGAAUAGCAGUGAUAACUCAUUAGUCGGCUAUGGCUUCAAUGUCCGAUAUAUUCCAUUGGCUUGAUGACGAUGUCUCUGCUCAGAAAACCCACUACAUAAUGCAAACAAUGUGGAAGGAUCAUAGUACUAACUGCGAUAUACUUGGCCCCCAUUACACCAGUGCUGGUACAAUAACCUCGGAGUUCACCUACUGCUGUGUUAUGGAUGCAACAAGAAAAUUCCAUGCGUAUGGUGUCUUAAUUAUGUAUAACCACUGUUCACAGGUUACUGCCUUAAUUUGCGAUGGUGCAUCAUCCAAUCUUAUGACGGUGCUUUCAGAUACAACAAGGAAUCAAAGGAAGAUAUUCAUGCUGUUCAAGCACACUUUAAGAAUCCUUUCUCAGGAGAUAAUGUUUUCCUUAUUGUCUGCCCUACAACCCAGCUCAAAACAAUGAUUGCUGCACUGUACAAGUCACGAUUAGAUGGAACGCAACCGAGCAUGUUCUCUCAAGGCAAGGACGCUCAUCCCUUUAGUUGGGAAGUGAUCGAAGGACUAUUGGACAGGAGCUGAAAAGGGGUCAGAUGUGUCGAGUGCCUGGCUUGAAAGAAAACUUUGUGUAUCGAGAUUCCUGGACUAGACUUAUUCCUGGACUAGACUUAACGUCAAACCAGCAAAGAUUAUGCAGCUGAACUAGAAGAAUUUGUUUUACAAUCCCAAAUCCAUUCCAAUGCUGUCAGUGUCCAAGAAGUGGUUUUGUACUUAAAAGCAUGCCAGCAGAUGUUUGAAAGAGGCAUUCUGGGUUACAUCAAAUCUAUGGAUAG